AUGCGAUUACGCUCUUUCGCGUAUUUAGUAGAGGCCGCUGGUCUUUCUUCAGUUAGAGCUCCACUUGCCCGCACUCUAGCGAGAAGAGCUGGCCGAACACGCCCGGUUGAACAAGAUCUACCCCUCCGAAACUACGCUGUAUCUGCACGCCUUUCCAUGCGCAACCCCGAAUCGGACCCCGAGUUCUCAGAUCGAGUCAGCAAGAGGCGACGCAUCUCCUCCCCGGUACGGGAAGGCUUACACGCAAAUAUGAGCACCGCCGCCCCUACCAUUGAGCUCACUCCACUUGAAAGCACUCUACGAACCCUAUUGCUCGAUGUCGCAAAAUAUAUUAGUGAGCAGAAAGCUGCCGAGGGAGGCAUCUAUGCGAGAGAUCACUCAGAGACCGUCCUGCGCUUCACAGGCGGAUGGGUCAGGGAUAAGCUGCUCGGAGUCGAGAGCCAUGACAUCGACGUGGGCAUCAGCAACAUGACUGGAUAUCAAUUCGGCAUGGCCCUCAAAGACUAUCUGGAUGUUCCAGAACGCCUGGAGAAAUACAAACAAAGCCUUCCAGCCGGGAAAAUGCACGAUGCCAUCGUGAGCCUUCACAAAAUCGAGGCCAACCCAGAGAAAUCAAAACACCUCGAAACCGUCACAACCAAGAUCUUCGGCCUAGAUAUUGAUUUGGUCAAUCUACGGAAGGAAACAUACACAGAUGACAGUCGAAACCCUCAGAUGGAGUUUGGUACUGCGGUCGAAGACGCCUUGAGGCGCGACGCAACCAUCAAUGCGCUUUUCUACAAUCUUAAUGAGUCAAAACUGGAGGAUCUCACCGAACGGGGACUGGAUGACAUGAAAAAGAAGAUCAUCCGAUGCCCAAUGGAACCAUACCAAACUUUCAAAGAUGAUCCACUGCGUGUGCUUCGACUGAUUCGGUUUGCGAGCCGGCUCGGAUAUCAAAUAGACCACGAUACAGAGUCAGCUAUGCAAAUUGAAGAUAUCGGCGAGGCACUGAAGCUUAAAAUCAGCAAAGAGCGCGUGGGAACCGAGCUUGAAAAAAUGCUGCGUGGCCCGGACCCCCGUGGUGCAUUGGAGUUUAUUGAUCGACUCAAAUUAUAUCCCACGAUCUUCGCUAAUCAUCAAGAUGAUGUCAAGGCUGAUACUUCGACAUGGCCUCUUGCCUACAAUACGCUGGCACGUUUGUUGCGUCCGGAAUCUGGUGAGAGCGAGGAGAUUCAGUCGGUCACGAGGCGCCUUCGUGAGAUCCUUUUCCGUGACGAAACUAGCAUAUACUACGCCUGGAUGGUAGCGACUUUUGCUCCUUGGACCUCCAUCCCCGCCCGUCCCAAACCAGCGAAAAUGAAACCCUUGCCCCCACGAGCGGUUGAGGUUGGAAAAGACAGUCUUCGUGCCGAUAACAAGACCCUUAAUGCCAUCCGAGCCGCUGCUCUGAAUUACCAGGAAACCAUUGCGACCAAAACUGCGCUUCUCGCCAACCAGAUAAAUGGAACACCGGCAGAAAUUCGACAGCAAAUGGGGUUACGUAUUCGAUCAUGGAAUAAGGACUGGAAACUAUGCGUUCUCCUGGCCAUCAUGCAAGAGGCCAUGGCUCUCCGCGACUUCGCAGAAGUGGCCCGUGAAUACGACCAGUUCCUUGCGUAUAUUGUAGAAAAUGACCUGGAGGAUGUUUGUGACCUCCGACCCAUUGUAAAUGGCGAUGAAAUUAUCAAAAGCCUGGGUGCUAAAAAGGGACCCUGGAUGGCCAAGGCAGUUAACAUGGCUCUGGAAUGGCAGCUCCUCCAUCCUGAAAUCACCGACAAGGAAAAGGUGCUGGAGGAGAUCGCGGGUCGACAAGGAGAAUUAAAGUGA